AUGUUGCAACUGGUCAAGAGCGCCGAUAAGGCCUUUCUCCAGCAGCGCCUGGUAGCCAUGGCCACAAGGUUGCGCACUUGGGCUUCUGCAAAAGUUGCUGGGCACGGGAAACAAUCGCCCGUGCAAGGAUCUGAGUGUGCAAAAUGCACGGAACUUCUACAGCUUGGAAAUCUCGCCGUCCAUUUCCCGCCACUGCGAGCCGUGGCGAUUCAGACAUACAAGCGUUCGAACCGAGUUCAGUAUCUAAUUAAAGCUGCCAUGGACUCUCGGCUCGAGGUGCUGCCUGUUGCCAGGCCUACACCCGCCUGCGGUAGAGCGCAUCUCGAAGCGCCAGAGCUCGUGGCUUCCUCGUCACUAUCGUCGUCACUCCCAGUGGCAGCCACGGCUUUGGCCGGUGUUGUGGCCAAGAGGCGGUCUGGCAAAGGCCGAGGGGCCGUGGCAUGGCGGGACGAGUCCCAGCCUGAGGACAAGCCGGAAGAGUUCUGCAAGAAGGGGAAGCGAGUGGAAGUGCUUGCUCCUUCGAAGCGGUGGCGCGAGGGGCAGAUUAUCAAAGUUGGCGGAGGCAUCGCAAGAGUUCACUACACGGGCUACGAUUCCAUGUUCGACGAGGACGUGCCGAUGGAGGAGGGAAGGCUGCGCCCCUUCGGACAGCUGCGAGCACAAAGGCUUAAAGAAAGACAGGAGGGCUUCGUGCUCCAGCUGGAUGCCGGCUGCUGUCCAGGAUGUGGCGUGAAGCUGCAGUGCACGGAUAAGAUGGCUCUGGGAUACAUCCCACCCGACAAAAUCGUUCAGGAGGAGGAGGAGGAUGAGAGCACGAAGCCACUCAACGCGGAGGAUGAAGUGGCGCUGCUCUUGAAGGAAGAUGGCGCCGUGGAGAGGAACUCUUUUGAGCUGGCCACAACAUCCUCCCAAAGGGACUUUAAAGUGAUUGCAAACGUCUUUCUGGACAUUCGCACGGAGCCUGAUGUGAAUGCGGAGCGCACGGGAGAGAGCCUGGCCUUUGGCGAGCAGUUUCAGGUGUCAGAGAUCUUGCAAAGUGCCGACUCCCGAACCUAUUUCCGCUUGGCCGACGGACGAGGCUGGGUCUUUGACCGGGGCGUCGUCCGAGGUGCCAUGACGCAGCUCGUGGCUCCUAUUUCAGAUGGGCUGUCCGCCAAAAAGCUGGCCAGAGAAUCACGACAGAACGUUUGCAUGCGAUGCUGGGGCCUGUGGCAGUACAAUGACUGCGAUGACAUCCUGAGACCGGCCUACGGAGGAGCAGGCGCUCACGCGCGAGCAUCCGAUGAGCUAACUGCAGAAGCUUUUGAGGGGCUUCUGAGCAAGACAUUGGCCCCUGUUACAGAGGCCUGCAUCUUCGCAGUUCUCGACGUCUUCGACUUCGGCCCCUCCUUCACGUUGUUAGAGUAUCUCGCCCGGGAGCUGAGUGGCAAGCCGAAGGUGCGCGUGCGCCUCAUCGCCAACAAAGUGGAUCUCUUGCCGCCGGACACGAGCCGCCCGCGAUUGCGUGGAUGGAUCGCCAGGGAAGCUCAGCGCGCUGGCCACACGAAAAUCAAGAUUAUGGAUGUGUUUCCAAUCUCCUGCCACACUGGGGAGGGUGUGAAGGAUGUGUCGGAGCUGUUGGAGCAGAACAACACACCUGGUGAGCACUUUGUCGUGGGCGCCGCCAAUGCUGGAAAGUCCUCCUUGCUGAACCGCCUGGCCCUCCGCAAGCGCAGGGGAGUGGGCCGUGUUUCGGCGGAAGACCAGAGGGGCUUCGUGGUCAGCGUGCUCCCCGGCACGACCCUCGCCCCAAUUGCCAUGAAGUUCCAGCUGGGCAACACCAAGCUGGUUGACAUGCCCGGGCUUCUGGUUCCUGGAAGCAUGGCUGAACGGUUAACUCUAGAGGACUUGAAGGUGAUCACGCCGCAGACGAAGGAGGCGCUGCGCCUCACGUUCCACAUGGACCAGGGGCGGACGCUGCUCCUCGGGGCUCUCGCCCGCAUUGACUUUGUGAAAGGAAAGCCUUUUCAGUUCACCGUCUUCAUUUCAGAACGGGUGAAGUUGCAUAGGACCCGGAUCGAGAAGGCAUCACGCAUCUGCAAGGAGUGGGCAGGAAAGCAGCUGACACCUCCGGUCGAUGCCCGUCGCUAUGACAGCCUGCUGCCAUGGGAGCCUCAUCAGUUCACCUUAACCGGCACCGGAUGGGACGAAGCAUGUGCUGACGUGGUCUUUCCUGGCCUGGGCUGGGUGUCGAUCACUGGCUGCGGCGAGUGCGUAGUCGAAGCACAUGCCCCAGCUGGGGUUCAAAUCACUGUGCGAGAGCCGCUGAUGCCACAUGAGGCGAGGUGGACGGGCGUGAAGUACCGAGGCUUCCCAGGCUGGUACAAGAUCAAUGGUCGUUCGACCAGGGGAUUCGAUUCUGGCCGAGCUGGUAGGGCUCGAGCCAGAAAGUACAUCAAGGGCCGAUUUUGA